UACAGACUUUAUGUUUACUCGAGGCAUUGCAAUGCAAACAGCUACCCAGCAAAUGUCUCGGGGCAAGUGCACGAUCCGACUUGCCCUUUUAAGAAAAUGAGAAAUAGUCAGGAAUGACGUCUACUGCGCACAGGAGCCGGAGGGAAAUUGACACUUGCGGAGCGGCGAGAGACAGCGAACGAGAAACGUGUAGACUGCUGGGCUGUCCGGUGAAGCAAUCUCGCCAUGCGUGAAUACAAGCUAGUGGUGCUAGGCUCCGGAGGUGUGGGCAAGUCCGCUCUGACAGUUCAGUUUGUACAGGGAAUCUUUGUGGAAAAAUAUGACCCUACAAUAGAAGACUCAUACAGAAAGCAAGUGGAGGUAGAUGGGCAGCAAUGUAUGCUUGAAAUUCUUGACACAGCAGGCACAGAGCAGUUCACAGCGAUGAGGGACCUGUACAUGAAGAAUGGCCAAGGCUUUGCCCUGGUAUACUCCAUCACAGCACAGUCCACCUUCAAUGACCUCCAGGACCUGAGGGAACAGAUCCUACGAGUAAAGGACACAGAGGACGUGCCGAUGAUCCUGGUGGGGAACAAGUGUGACUUGGAGGAUGAGCGUGUGGUGGGGAAGGAGCAGGGCCAGAACCUGGCCAGACAGUGGAACCACUGUGCCUUUUUAGAGUCCUCUGCUAAGUCAAAGAUCAAUGUCCUCGAUAUCUUCUAUGACCUGGUCAGACAGAUAAAUAGGAAAACGCCAGUGGAAAAGAAGAAGGCGAAAAAGAAAUCCAACUGUGUCCUGCUUUAAAGAUCCCACCCCUCCCUGCCCCUGCAGCAGCUCUGAGCCAGAAUGCUGUAAUGAAGAACUGUUGCCCUGAUUGGAACGUGCCAGCAUUCCAACCACCCCGCCCCCUUCCCUCCAUCAGCCAUAAACGGUGAAUCAGCUGACCGAUCUGCUCCUGUCAAAGAUGAGGAUGAUCUAAACGAGAGAGAGAUGGAGAGAAUGACUGAAAGAAAGAAAGAGAGAGAGUUUGAGAGAAGACUCUGGUCUCUCGCCUCUAAGGACCUUCCUCUGUGUCUCUGCAUCAGUAUGAACCCUGAAAGGACAGUCUCCAUUUUCCACACCAACAAACGCUACCACAACAAACUGUGGACGACCACGACGACAACGGUGUUAAACGCGCAGCAAAAGGCUCUGAAAGUAUAAGAAACCACGUGUCCAAGAGCUGCCUACCUGGCCAGGCAGCAGCCCCUUAUUUUCAUUAUUUUUUGAGAGUUUAACAAAAAAAGAAAAUAACAAAUGGUAAAGAAGGAAACAAAAAGUUAGAACUCGGAAUUCAGUAUUUUUCAUCUUUGCAAUAUUAUUAGCGUAUUUGAAAGACAUGGAAGUUGACCUCUUUAGUUGUAUGAUUAUAAAUAUUCUUCGAAAAACGAGCAUGAAAAAAUGCAUCUGUUAAUAAGUGUAGAUGUUUUCAAGUGAAAUCAAGUGGAAAAGUGAGAAUUUUUUUAUAGCCAUACACCUAUCCUCCAUGCCUGUCAUGUCAUGUCAGUGAUGAUAGAUCAAGGUCCAUAUAAUGUUUUUUUUUUUUUUUUUUUUUGCCCUAUUGUUCAUGGACUUCUCUUCUGCAGAUAUCUCUCUCUGAUGUGACUUAAUUUUAUACUCAGUCACUGGGAUUUCAUAGCUCCCAUAAUAUAUUCUAAUGCCAUUUUUUGCAUAAUAAUGCUUCAGAAAAAAAUGGGUCUUUUAUAGAAGAAAUAUGGGGAAAAAUAAGGAUUGAUUUCUAUGUCUCUUGAAGCUGAAAUAUAUUAUACUAAACCAACUCUAAUAAUGCUUCUUGUGUUUUUCUGUCAAUGAUGUUCCAGCUUUUAUGGAUUAUUAAAGUACAUUUUAGUACAUUUUCAUUA